GCCACACACGCAGCCCCGCCCCUGCAGAGCUCGGGGCCGGGACGGAACCCGGGUUCCUCGCAAGCCCGGAAUGUGAGGCUUCGGCUCGGCUGCCCGCUACUCCCUGCGCCCCUCUGGACCCGGGCCUGCGUCCGCUGCGCCCCAGCUCGUCCCCGAAAAGCCAGGGCGGCCGUGCCUCCUGCCGUGGGCCCGCGUGGCUGCCGCCGCCCCUCCGAAUCCUCCGGGGCCGCAGAGGAGUUCGCUACGGAGGGAGGCGGGGGCCCUCGGGAGGCGGCGGAGGAGGAGGCGGAGGAGGAGGGAAGGAAGAUGGCGGCCGUGGAGCUAGAGUGGAUCCCAGAGACUCUCUACAACACCGCCAUCUCCGCUGUCGUGGACAACUACAUCCGCUCCCGCCGAGACAUCCGCUCCCUGCCCGAGAACAUCCAGUUCGAUGUUUACUACAAGCUUUACCAGCAGGGACGAUUAUGUCAAUUGGGUAGUGAAUUUUGUGAAUUGGAAGUUUUUGCUAAAGUAUUGAGAGCUUUGGAUAAAAGACAUUUGCUUCAUCAUUGUUUUCAGGCUUUGAUGGAUCAUGGUGUUAAAGUUGCUUCAGUCCUGGCCUACUCGUUCAGUAGACGGUGCUCUUACAUAGCAGAAUCAGAUGCGGCAGUAAAGGAAAAAGCAAUUCAGGUUGGCUUUGUUCUAGGUGGCUUCCUUUCAGAUGCCGGCUGGUACAGUGACGCUGAGAAGGUUUUCCUGUCUUGCCUUCAGCUGUGUACUCUGCAUGAUGAGAUGCUCCACUGGUUCCGCGCAGUGGAGUGCUGCGUGAGGUUACUUCAUGUACGAAAUGGGAACUGCAAAUAUCAUUUGGGUGAAGAAACAUUUAAGUUAGCACAGACGUAUAUGGAUAAACUGUCAAAACACGGCCAGCAGGCAAACAAAGCUGCACUCUAUGGAGAACUGUGUGCCCUCCUGUUUGCAAAAAGUCACUACGAUGAGGCAUACAAAUGGUGCAUUGAGGCAAUGAAAGAAAUUACAGCAGGCUUACCGGUUAAAGUUGUGGUGGAUGUUCUAAGGCAAGCUUCUAAGGCUUGUGUGGUAAAACGUGAAUUUAAGAAGGCAGAACAGUUGAUUAAACAUGCAGUGUAUUUGGCACGGGAUCAUUUUGGACCCAAGCACCCAAAAUAUUCUGAUACAUUGCUAGAUUAUGGGUUUUACUUACUCAAUGUAGAUAAUAUCUGUCAGUCUGUUGCAAUUUAUCAGGCAGCCCUUGACAUUCGACAGUCAGUGUUUGGUGGCAAAAAUAUCCACGUAGCAACAGCUCAUGAAGACUUGGCUUACUCUUCUUAUGUUCACCAGUAUAGCUCUGGGAAGUUUGACAAUGCGUUAUUUCAUGCUGAAAGAGCUAUUGGUAUCAUCACCCACAUCCUACCUGAAGAUCAUCUUCUUUUGGCUUCUUCAAAGAGGGUGAAAGCACUUAUUUUGGAGGAGAUUGCAAUUGACUGUCAUAAUAAGGAAACCGAACAGAGGCUGCUUCAAGAAGCUCACGAUUUGCAUCUGUCUUCACUCCAGCUAGCUAAAAAGGCUUUUGGGGAGUUUAAUGUACAGACCGCAAAACACUAUGGGAACCUUGGAAGGCUUUAUCAGUCAAUGAGGAAAUUCAAGGAAGCUGAAGAAAUGCACAUCAAAGCAAUUCAAAUUAAAGAACAACUUCUUGGUCAGGAAGAUUAUGAAGUAGCCCUUUCAGUGGGACAUCUGGCUUCUUUGUAUAAUUAUGACAUGAAUCAGUAUGAAAAUGCAGAGAAACUUUAUUUGCGAUCCAUAGCAAUUGGGAAGAAACUUUUUGGUGAAGGCUACAGUGGACUAGAAUAUGAUUACCGAGGUCUCAUUAAACUUUACAACUCCAUUGGAAAUUAUGAGAAAGUGUUUGAAUAUCACAAUGUUCUGUCUAACUGGAACCGGUUGCGGGACCGGCAGUACUCGGUGACCGAUGCUCUCGAGGACGUGAACACCAGCCCCCAGUCCACUGAAGAAGUGGUGCAGUCCUUCCUAAUAUCUCAGAGUGUCGAGGGACCAAGCUGCUGAGGGGCCACCUCAGCUAACCAAUUACCUUUUCCCAGAUUCCGGGGAAUUCAUACUGUGAAAUCAAAACCAUGUUGUUUUUGAGGGCUGGAAUUCGCAUUGAAACACUGGUCCAGUCCACUGAAGACCCUGUUUUGGGUCAUGCCUAUCUUGCAGAGUGUCCGUAGAAUAAGCAUAUAUUCAGUUAUAUUCCGCAUGUACCGCAUGUAUAAGUAGUCUGGCCCACAUUUUCAACCUAGUAGAACAAACAACAGGAGAAUCUUUUUUUUCCCUUUUAUUUUUUCUUUUUAAAAAAAUAAUUCAUUUUGCAGUAAGCCUGAAAGAAAAAAAAGAACCCCUAAAUAAAACUAUUUAAGAGUUUAAAAGAGUUGCAUUCUUAUUAUGUAAGGAUGGUUUUAACAACUUUUUAACAUAUAAUUCUUCCAUGUGGAGGUAUUCAAUACUGUAUUGUAAAGCAAUUUUAUGGGGAAGAUCUUUAUAUGCAGUAUAAAAAAGUUAACACAAGUACUAAUAAAAGAGGGGCAUCCUAACUUGUGUUUGACCACCUUACCCAGAGAAGUGGGUCUAACACUCCAGAGCUCUAUCACGAGGGAAGGGCUGUCAGGUUCGUCUGAACUGGACCAGUGUUGAUCUGUAAGUAACAGAAUAUCUGUUUCUGUGUUUGGUACAACAAUGCAAGAUGCUCUAAUAGCAUUUGCUGACAGGACCAGGAAAAACCUUAAAAAGGACCAGCCUAACAUAGAAGGUGGUUAUUUGGACCAGAGGCUCUAGAUGAUGAUUUUAGCCCCUGCAUACAUCUUUAUCAGUAGCAUGAUUUCGUUUAGCUGUAUAAUGAAGAAGGGCAAUGCAGAGAAUGGUAUCGAUACGAUAGAUGCCAGGCUAGGGAAGGUUGGCGGUUUCAGUGGCGUAUCUUCAGUCGCGGUGCGCAGAUGGCAGUGCUGUGACAAGCUGGUACAAAUACCUGCUGCGGCCGCCACCCUCGUGUUCAGUGUUGCCCUAAAACACAUGCCAUUAAUAGGCGCGUCGGCUAGAGUUGGAAGAUAGCUCGUGUCAGAUGGCAAUUUUAGAUCACUACAUGUCUUUUGGGGUAACGGAAAACGAAUGCCCAAAAAUAAAGUCUUCUUAGAAAAUUCUUCAUUUUUAUGAUAAAUAACAGAAAAACUGAGUCAUUGUAUUUGAAGUCCAGGGAUCAAAUGGAAAGAUCCCCUAAUGAUAUGUCUAUUUCACUGAUUUGUUUAUUUGGUUUUGAUUUUCUUCUUUUUUUAAGCCAGUGGGUUAUUUAACGUUGAGGUAAUGUUCCAGUUGAAUAAGUUGUGACAUGUAGCAAACCAAGAAACAAAAAGGUCUUUUGCUGUUACCUCAAUUCUUAUGAUAGUGGCCCUUAUGAUAGUCUGGUGCCUCUAGAGUUAAGAAUCUGAGUUUCUCCCCUAUUUUCAGGGGUUCGUGAUUGGCUGUUAGAGGUACUGCUCCUGGCUAGUACUUGGAGUAGUCUGCGGGUGAGUGGAUGUGUGUUGAAUUUUGGUUUUCUUUUAACAUGAACACGGGGUGAGAGGCGGGAAGGAAAUCUAACCUAUCUGUCACAGGGUACAGAAGAAUUAAUGGGAGAUUCCAAAUUUUAAAUACUUUCUGAACUUCGCAACUUUCGACCCUGCUCGGAAUUGCCGUUUGUAGUCUUGUGAGGAGUUGGUGCUCUUAGGUCCCCAGGAGGUGAUUUGCUGGGGGCUGGACUGAAAGAAGUGAAGCUAGCCCACACCCCAAAAUGGUAACGUUGUGAGUUGGAAGCCUGGGUGUAUUCCUCAGGUUGAACUAUUUCUUGAUAAGUUCAGGAAACAGUAAAUUGGCACACCUGCAAUUUCUGAAGCUCUUCCCCUCCGAGUUAAUUACAGCCUAAUGCCAAGAGUCACCCUUUAUUACUUACCAAAUAGUAAUCUGUGUGACUGGGGACGAAUAUUUUAAGUUACUCAGCUCUGUCCUCAUGGGUCUAUGUAUUUAAUACCUCCAAAGAUAUUUUCAGGAUAGGCUUUGUACCCUUUUUGGUUAUUUAGAGUCCUGUGGUAUGUUUGUGGUAUAGGAAUGUCAUGAUAAAUUGUUUUUCAAUAAAUAUUUUGAAACUUGUGUUUCCACAUGAAGUUUUUUAUUUUUUUAAAUGUUUCGGUUUUGUGCAUAUACACUAUUUCCUAGGAUAAAAUCAAGCAAAUGACUUGAGGCCUCAAAACUCAGCUUGAACGCAGCUUAGCUCACACUCUGAUAAAGUAAUGCGAUAUUUAGAAGCCUAGGAUCUUGGGGGUGAUGUCAAGUGGCAGACAGUUUUUUUCUUUUCUUCGUUUGUUUUCAAAUGUUAUUAUUGACGUUUCUCCUUUUACCGCUGCUUUAAUGUAGUUCCUCUAUAUCCAUAAAUGUUGGUGUAAUGCCUGCACUCUGGCUAAGAAAACAUUUGUCUUAAGAAAAAAAAAAAAAAAAAAAAAAGUUGCUGUCUUACGGUUAGGCGAUGACUCAGCAUUAUUUCUGAUUCUAAUGAAAAAUAGUACACGAACUUAAGUGCAGGAUUUAUUCCUUUAGUAAGGAUGUUUGGGGUAAGAAAGGUGAAUGCCAUAUAAUUUAUGACUUUUUAAAAAAACUAAGGAUAAAGUUUACCUCACAGUAACCAGUAGCUUGUACAGAUUUUUUUAUAUAUGUGAAUGGUUGUGUGUUAGGAUGCCCUGGCCAAUUUAAAAAGAUUUUUUGGAGGUUUAGUGACAUAAUGUUAAACGCAGGCCUUUGGUCUCAUCCUUCCCUGACUUCUCUUCUAUCCAAUCUUUUUCCUAAACUGUGGUGCUGCUCAAAUUGGGAGCAUCAGGGAGCUGUCUCGCUCCUGCCGCCGUGGGUGGCCGGUCCCUCGGAUUGUGUGUAGUAGAGCAAGUGGAGUUUUUCACAGCAUAAUCUUUGUACCCCUCCGCAAGCUGACUUUGCCCAGAGGAUUAGAACCCAUCUUACCCAUCAACUCUCUUCUUUGGUUAAAAAUGAACUCACUAUUACUCUGUAGUAACCCUUGUCCAGGUAUUCUUGCAUUGUGAUGAAGACCUUCGUUGCUAGCCUGUUAAGAGUUCGUAAUCUUGUAAAAAUUAAGUAUAAAAAGCUGAGUACGGCGGCACGCAUCUGUAGUCUCAGUCACUCAGGAGGCUGAGGCAGGAGGAUCACUUGAGCCCACAAGUUGAAGACCAACCUGGGCAGCAUAGCAAGACGCCCCAUCUCAAAAAUACUAAGUGUAGCAGAUGCAUUCUUAGAGGUAGUGAGAGUGCCAUUGGGCUGCUCUUGGUAGUGCGAGCAGAAAGCUGAUUGGUUAACACAAGCCUAAAACAUGGUUGAAGCUUCUGGCCGAGGCUACAAAUGGAUAGAAUGAUGUACUAAAUAACAGGACUUGUUAACUGCCACUUUUUUUUGUUUUUGUUUUUUUUCCCCCAGCAUUCCUAGCCUUCCUGUUUCUAAACUUCUUUUUUUGUGUAGCAAAAUUACUACUGGAAAAAUACUUACAAGUACUAAUCUUUCGAAGAGUUCUAUUUUUGCUUUUAAAAGUUGAGUGCAUAUUCCACCUCCAGUUACCAGGAGUUUUUAAAAAAAUAAGACAUUUAGAUUAAUCUCCAGCUUGAACACUAGUAGUAGUCCACAAAUCUCAGGAACGUUUUAGGCAGAAAACUGGCUUUACCCCGUCGAGGAUCUGAAGGAGCAGUGUGCUUAGGGUUUAUUAAAUAAUACUGUUCUUACUUGCAAUCCUAGGUAUCUAGCAUGAGUGGCCUUAGUGAGUUUGUUGAAGUGCACAUGUUUUUUCAAGAGUAAAAUUUAAGAUUAAAUAUUUACGCUAUAUAUAGAUAUCUAGAAAACUUGGUCUGUGGUGCACAGUUGUGUUGGAUCACUAAAUAAUCAUUGCAGGUACCAUUUGUGUAACAUGACUCACAUCUGUAUAUUCCUUUUCUGGGGAGGUAUGUUGCCAUGGUAACUAAAACUUUCAAUGUAGUUCGACUUUUAUGAUGUGAAUGAAUGCUACAUUUUAUUAAAUAUUACCAGGUCAGUACUAUUUUUCUACUUUAUGAAGCAACAGGGGAUUUUAGUUUAAUAGGCUCAAAAUAAAAAGCUCUGAAUGGAGUAAUUAAAAACAAAUCACUGACAUUCUUUACAUGAAAAUCCCCACUACUAGUGCCACAGUAAUUUCUAUGGAAAUAUCUGAGGUCGUUCAUAGGUUUUUGAAGACAGCUCAUUGUGUCAAAUGACCUUUCAUACCACUCUCACUGACUUGUAGCGGCCACCAUUACUUGUAACUAUUAAACCAUACUAAGUAUGUUUGUAACCAGCAUUGUGAUAUAUUCUGUACUUGUAUUGCUAAAAAUGAAUUAUUGAUCUAAUAAAUAUAGUGUUCCUGCA